AUGGCCAUGGACACAGUUCAGGCUCAGCAUCGUUCAUCAGGUCACGUGCUGGAAAUGCAGGAAAAAUUAACUGUUUUCACAGGCAAACCCGUCUGUCUGUCAAAAUCCCCAAAACCACUGAGCACUUUGAUUGUUUUGGGAUCAGGAGGACACACGGCAGAGAUGAUUAAUGUGUUGAAUGUGUUGCUGCAAAAAGAUAGGUUUUGUCCUAGGUUUUAUAUUGCUGCUGGUACUGAUAAUAUGAGUUUACAGAAAGCUUGUCUUUUGGAGGAAAAUGUUAUUAAUUUGAAUGGAGGAAAAGGAGUCUCAGUUCAAUUCCUGCAAAUUUACAGAAGUAGGGAAGUUGGUCAGUCAUACAUAACCUCUGUUGGGACAACUUUACUAGCUAUGGUUCAUGCAUUAUGGCUAAUGAUUCGAAUCAGACCUCAAGUGGUUCUUUGCAAUGGCCCUGGGACUUGUGUUCCUCUAUGUUUAAUUGCAUUCUUGUUCAAGGUGGUGGGGAUUAGGUGGUCAUCUGUUUUUUAUGUUGAGAGUAUAGCGAGAGUGAGGAAGCUCUCUUUAAGUGGUUUGCUUCUUUACAAGUUGCAGAUAGCUGAUCAGUUUUUUUUGGGAGAAGCAGGAGUAAGCAAUGGGGAUCAAAAAGUCUGCAAGCUGUACAACUGCUGCCAUUUGUUUGCUCUUUCUGCCGUUGCUGACGGGCAAGAGGGGACAAAACUGAAAGUAUCACCAUCUGGAUACAACACAAGUGAUCUUGUGUUGGCACGACAUUUUCAUAAGUACGGACUGAAGCUUGCAGAGCUAAGAUUAAGAAAACAGGGAGCUAGGGAGGUAGAGGAGAUGAUUAGGACAGGUCACGGGUGGAAUACCGUGAAUGAAAAUCCUAGCCAGCCGUUACCCAUCUCUCUCAACCCUGAAAGAUCACAAACGCAGCCACCGCAGAGCCAUCCCAAACCAACUAAGAUCUUCAACCUCCUCCUGUCCAACCAAACCUUCCUCCAGCCAGACCACCGAAUGAGACUGCCUUCUAGUCGAACUCACCUCUUGCCAGACCACAGAAUGAGACUACCCUCCAUCCAAACCCACCUCUCACCAUUCAUCUUCUCCCUUUAG